CUACCUCGGUCCAUCUCACAACUCACGUUUCUUCUAAAAAUGAGAUUUCAGUCCAAAAUUUUGAUAUUUCAAUACCCUCUUCUCCUCCAAAAAUCUUCCCACCUUUUGCAAGAUUUUCAGCCCCAGAAGACUCUCUAAGCUAACAUUUCCAUCUUUUUCUACAAAAACCCAUCUUCCCUUCAAACACAAUAACUUAAAAAUUGCGCAUUUUAGCUAAAUUCAGAACAAUUUUCUUGAAAAAAAUCUGUCUUUUUAGAACUUUAGCACCCUUCAUUACUUCCAUUUCAGCUUUUUUUGCAAAAGUCAUCUUCCCUUUCUGUUGAAACAGCUCCGGGCUAGUUAUUUUAGCUAAAUUUCGAUAUACAUUUUGAAGCAAAAAUUUGGAAGUCUUUGAACGUUUAACGCCUUUCAAGGCUUCCAUUUCAGUUUAUUUUAGAAAACCCAUCUCUUUUUUUUAAAGGAAAUAACUCAAAACAACCCAAUCUUACUAGCCUUUGAAUCCUAACUAUGAAAGUUAUCAAACUAAGAUCAGAUCCCUUCAGGACUUCCAUUUCUGCUUGUUUUAGAAAACCCAUUUUCUUUUUCUAAGAAAAAAGCUCAAAACAACAAAAUUUAGCCAAUUUUCAAUACCUAUUUUCUUGAAAAAGAAGAAAAAAAAAAGUUCAAUACUUGCAUUCCAGACUGUUUUAGAAAAAAGCCCGUCCCCCAUUUAUAAGGAAUAAAUAAAUAAAAAUUCUAGCCUUUGAAUCCUAGCCAUGGAAGUUAUGAAACCAACAUCGGAUGCUCUGAGAAACACCUGCAAUUCUAUGAUCCAUCACAGACCUCUUGAAAUCCCCAAAGAAGCAUUUGAAAUAAGGGUCAUAUACAUCAGAGCCGUCAGCUCCUCAGACAUGCAGAAGACCUUGAAAAUCAACUUCCCAGCAAGAGAUCCCAAGACCUGCUUGCAGUUGAAUGGAUUGAAGAUCGACCCAAGUGAGAAAAUCUCAAGAUCUCUAAACAGGCACCGGGCAGAUGCAUUGAUGUCAGAAUCCAUCUAUGUGAACACAGACAGGAUCAAGUUCAGUGGGCCAUCCCUCCCUUUUGAAGUGGGCCAGGUGGGGGGGUCAGCUGCCCUUGUUGCUGGGUUUGUGAGGAGGGUGGGAAAUGAUGGGAAAGGUGGGCCUGAUGGUGGGGAUUGGAUGUGGGUGAUGGAGUGUAGGGAGGGUGGGAUUAAGGAGUUUAAUGGAGGAUUAGUGGAUGUUUAUUUUGCAGGGAGGAGUUUAGGGAGGCCUCUUCUUUUGAAUGGGGUAGUGGAAUUGAAGAGGAGAUUGAAAGGUUUGGAUUGCAUUCCUGAAGGUGAUGAAAUGGCCAUUGAUAAUUGCAAGGUCAGGGACAUGUCUCCUUGUAACCCUUUGUUACAAGCAAUCAACAUCUAUAGUCGAGGUUCGAUGACUCAUCCAAAUCAAAGUUGGACUCAGCUAAGUCCAAAUUCCACUUCAUAUUGCAAGUCAGCAUUGUAAAUAUGGGGUGAGUAACGACUCGGCGAGCACGGUAAAUAUGAGGCGACUUGAUUUAAGUGGCCUGGUCUUAUGCACGUGGUGAUGGCUAAAAAAAAGUUACCAUAUCCAUAUUGUAGCUUACAAUAGCUUCUUCAUUU